AUGACCCUCGCCAGCUUGAGGAAAUCACGGAUGUGGUGCUCCACCGGACGGCUUCCCCGCAUCAAGCUGAGCAGACUGCAGUUGGCUUGUGAAACCGCUAGAUCCAUGCUAUUGAACUAUCAAACGUCUGACUACUGCUGUUUGUCUGUUUCUGAUAGGUCUGAGGAUAAGAGGUCUUUGUACAGGAGCUGUGUGGUGGUGGAAAGUCCUGCUGCAUCCUGUGAAGUGAAGUGGUGUGUGUCUGUACCGCUGCUGUCUCUGAGUGGAUGCUCCUCUGUGGCUAUCGCCCGGCUGGCUGUUGGACUGGAGACGCUCAAGGACAGACAGGGAGGUGCGAUUGUGGACCCAUGCAUUGAUCUGCUGCGUGUGCAGGCUAUGAUAGAGGAGAUGGGCAUCACCCUCACACCAGGAGCUCAGAACCUCAUGGAGUUGGUGCAGUGCCAGCAGCAGUAUAAAUCAGACAUGCUGAGUGGAUUCAUUCCUCUGCUCAUGGGAGGAGGAGCUUUUAGCGGUCUAUCAACAGGAGGCAGGGCUUCCACCUCUGCAAGGGCGGAGUCAGGUCUGGAUCCACUGUCUGUCUCUGAGCAGAAUCUGUCCAGCAGUAACCAGAAGCAGAUCCCAGGUGUCAUGUCAUCUCUGCAGAGUUCUAACACAUGUCCGAUCAGCCCAGAGCUGCUGCCCAUGCUGCUGAAUGUAUGCGGUCAGGUCACACAGCUCCGUCUGGAGGAGGCCACGAGGAAGAGGAAUGGAGAGCGGGAGGGUCAUAUGUGCUGCGGAGGCUUUGAGCAGGUGCUGGACAAGAUUGUAGAGAAGAGGAUUGAGGAGAUGGAGAAGAGACUAAAGGAUCAUAUGGAUGUGCAUCUGGAUGCUCUUCAACAGAGACUGGAGAUCACACUUCAACAGGCACUCUCACACACACACUAAUACACAACCUGAGCACUUUUACACAGAGGAGCUUCUGACACUCAUAUUAGUCUAUAAAGGGACAUUUAACCAGAAUUCAUGUUAACUGGCAACAUUUUGACAUUUUCUGAAUGAAUCCAUCUUAAGAGACGAAGAAAUCAGCAUCUGUUGAGUGGUUUCACAAACUGUGUCAGGAGAUCUUAAAGAGUUGGGUUUUACUGUUGAUAAUACUUGUAAUAUAUUCUUUUAUCCUGAAUACAUAACACAUGCAUGGUUGUACUCACUGACUGUGAUAAUAGAGGCACAAUAAGCAGUGUAAGUAUUACCUGAAUUCUCACUGUGAUUGCCUCUGUGGAAAUAUGUUUACACUGAUCAUACUGGAGAACUAAAGACAAAGAAAAUUAUAUAUAUAUUAAAUGCUAUUUAUACUGAGAUGAAUAUGCUUUGUUUUUGUUAUGUAAUUGGUGGCAUACUGUUGAUUACCACAUUUAAUCAUUUGGUCUUGUACCUCAGUUUGUAAAAACAAGCAAAAUUGUGUUUACAGUAAUGCACUUACAAUGGAAGUCUAUGGG